UUGGAUAUGGUUCCAGGCCAACCGUUAAUGGAAUCAUUACAACGACGGGGCAUUUUCAGGGAACGAUUGACACCGGUGAUGAGUUCUAUGUUGUUGAGAAAGCCAAAAAAUAUUUUGAAGAACCUCAGGAAUUCCAUUCCGUUGUGUAUAGGAAGUCGGAUGUGAAGUUUGACAUAGACAGUGCCUUCUGUGGAGCCGAGAAACACAGUCAACGAUUGCUUACAAUUCAGAAAAGUGCGACGAAGAAUUCCGACGAAGAUAUUGGGCAGGACGAUGACACAGGAACAUACGAUUGGUCGAAAGAUAACGAUACGCAUUCUGAUUGGUCAGAAAAAUACCUCCAUUAUGAUCAUACAAGACGAAAGCGGGCUAUUGUUCCUACCAAAACCACGUGCGAACUGUACAUGCAGGCCGAUCACGUCAUAUUUCAACAACACGGAAGUGACGUAGACAGCAUCAUUGAAGAACUCUCGCAGAGUGUACAAACAGUUAAUGCCAUAUAUGGAGCCAUCGAUUUCGAUGGCGACGGCAACGCCGACAACAUCAACUUCAUCAUCAAGAAGAUCAAGGUGCACACGAACACCAGCGACCCGACGUACAGACUGAACGGAAACUACGGAGUGGAGAAGUUCCUGGAGCUCCACUCCGAGGAGAACUACGACAGCUUCUGUCUGUCGUACAUGUUCACCCACAGGGACUUCAGCGGCGGGGUGCUGGGGCUGGCGUGGACGGCAGGGGAGGGGAGCAGUCGGGAGGCGUGUGUGAAAUAUACGACGUUUGCUCAGGGUAGUCUCAGCCUGAACACCGGCAUAGUGACGACACUCAACUACGGCAAGACAGUGUCCACGUUGGUCUCUCAACUGACCUUCGCCCACGAGAUCGGCCACAACUUUGGUUCACCGCACGACACUGAAGGAACUGCGUGCGCACCCGGCGGUACAUCCGGGAACUACAUCAUGUAUGCCAGAGCAACAUCCGGGCUGCAAGCAAACAAUGACGAAUUCUCAACUUGUAGCAUUGCUAGCAUGGCGCCAAUAUUGGAAUCAAAGGCUAGAUCAGCAUCCGGUUGUUUUGUUGAGCCGAUGGGGUCUAUCUGUGGCAACAAGGUUGUGGAGGAGGGUGAGGAGUGCGACUGUGGAUGGGAGGAGGACUGUACUGAAGGAUGCUGCAACCCCCAGACAUCAGCUGCAGGAGCACCUACACCCUGCACCAAGACAGCCGCGUCAGUCUGCAGCCCCAGCUCAGGCCCGUGUUGUGACUCCAGCUGCCAAUACGUCACUACCGCCGCCAACCACGUCUGCCGUCCCACGACCUCCUGUCUGGCAGAAGCGUCCUGCGAUGGGGCUUCAGCCAACUGUCCGACGUCAACGUGGGUGCCAAACAAGACACCUUGCGGAGACAACCAAGUGUGUGUGAACGGUACUUGUUCUGGGUCGGUGUGUCUGGCGUUCGACUACCCGCCAUGUCAAUGUACACCGGCUACAGCAGGCAACUGGAAGGAUGAACUGCUGUGUCAGAUCUGCUGUGAGGUCGGCGGACAUUGCAAACCUUCGUAUGAAAUCAGUGGCGUCCCAAACGGCACCUCCGUUCCCGGCAGCCCUUGCAAUGACUUCCAGGGGUACUGUGACGUGUUUUACAGGUGCAGAGAGGUGGACCCGACUGGAACGUUCAGUACUAUAAAGAAGCUACUGUCUCCAGAGAAUCUUCAGAGCGUGAAGGAAUGGCUCAUCGCCCACUGGUAUGUCCCGGUGCUUGCUGGGCUAGGAUUCAUAGUGCUCAUGGUAAUAUUUGUGAAGGUGUGUGGCAAGAAGGUACCUAGUGACAAGGAACUCUAUGAGAGAAGGCAGCGUCGCUAUGGCAACAACGCCACUGAACUCAGUCCAAGACAUGCAAGAAAUACCGUUGCACCAACUGGUUACAUGUGAUCGUUUUGGAUCGUCAAGAUGUUUCGACACACACCCUCUCUCCCCAUCUCUCUCUCUCUCUUUCACACACUCACUCUCUUUCACACACACACUCUCUCUCUCUCUCUCUC